ACGAAACAACAACAACAACAACAAAACGCGCAACGCAACUUAGUUACAUUAGUUACCACAGCAACAGCAACAACAACAACAACUUAAGUUCGGUGUGCUUUUGACUCGUUUGUUUCGCGUGCUCUUUUGUUUUCGUUCAACCACAAUUCAACAAAACAAGUACACAAAGAAUCAAAGCCGUCUCAGCAAAUUAGAUUUGAGCUUCUGGUUCUCCUCUUCGUGCAGCGAAACAAAGAAACAAGUGGUUCUCGCGCGCUUCGCUUCGUCUCUGUAUAAUGAGAGCGACGGUUUCGGGUGUAGCAGCAGCGGUUUCCCUGUGUGUAGGCAUCAAAUUGCUUCCAUAAAACAUAAUCAAGACCGCAGUAAUUCAGUCAAUGACGACCACAACUACUGCGAUGAUGAUGAUGGAAGCGAAGGGCGGUCCGAAUCUGCUGAUGGGGGACCUCCAGUUCAACGCAUCGAACAAACGGAACGGCAUCAAGUACUCGGCGAGCGGCAGCACGACGUCGUCGACGCCGACACCGACGACGCCGACGUCCGCAUCCUUCGAACUGAGACCGGUCAACUUCAAGAACGGUCCGAUGACCAACGUGAACAACAACAGUCUCAUCUUGAACAACAACGUGAACAAUAGUAGUGUCGACAGUAAGAAGACUGCAGCUGUGAACGGUUUCGCCGCCUGCAGGAGACACGACAUGCCCAUGCUGAUCAUGCCCAAUCUCAAGCAGCAGCAACAGAUCUCUUCGUUCAGACAGUACAGGACGGAUCCGUUCUUGCUGCAACAGCAACAGCAACAAAGGGAUUACACCGUUCCCGGACAUAUUUCGCGCAUCUGCUCGAACGCCACCUCCUCUUCGUCCAGCCCCAAAUCAUGGACUUCCGUGGGGAUGGGAUGCACCGACGGCAAGAAGAUGAUCGUCAAGCGAGUGCCGACCUCACCGAACGAACUCUUCAACAUCGUCAAUCCACCAACGUAAGUUUAACAACUUUACAAUAUUGUUGCCACAAAUAACGAAAAAUGGUAAAUUAUCUAAAGUAGUUCCCCG